AUGAACGCUGCCGCAGAGGGUGACAAGGCCCUUGCGGCUUCCAACGCGCCACUCGCAAUUCAACACUACACCCGCGCCUUGAUGGAGCUACCACGUGCCCCAUCCUACUACCUCCAACGCGCUAUCGCUCGCUCCCGCGUGAAACCAGCAGACGGUGGACCCAAGUCCCGCGAAGCCCUCCAAGAUGCGGAGAUUGCACUCUCGCUAGCCCGUGAGCGCGGCAAGCGUGAGCUCAUUCUAUCGGCACAGAUGCGCCGCGGCGUGGCGCUAUUCCAACUUGAACGCUACGCCGAUGCAAAGUUCCUGUUCGAGCUUAUCGAGUCCAAAACAUCUGGUGAAAAGGAGGCACAAAACAAAGCGGAAGGAUUGAAAGCUGCUAUGGCUGAUGGGGGAUCUGGGAGCAAGAAGAAUGGUUAUGGAGCUGAGCUGCCCAUCUGGAUGGCCAAGGUUCGCCGCAAGUUAGGAGAACUGGCUGAGGGCGACGAGAAGAAUGCUGUCUCUGUUAUUGAGUUUCCUACGGAUACACGUAUACCGACUGAGAAGGAACUCAAGGCCGAAUGGGAGAGUCUUAAGUCAGGAAAGGAAGUGGGCGCAGGAGAGAAGGCUGUGCAAGAGAAGGAUCAAAAGGAUAUAUCCUCAUCGGGUGCUUCCUCGGAUCAGACAAAACCUGAGACUAAAUCAACAGAGGCUUCCCCUGUUGUGACUGCGCAAAAGGUUCGCCAUGAGUGGUAUCAAUCCCAUGACUCUGUCGUGGUGACCCUCUAUGUGAAGGGGGUCUCUAAAGAUAGUGUGGAGACUGAGUUGAAGGAUGACUCGGUGUCACUGCAAUUCCCUUUGCCAUCUGGUUCCGGCUACGACUUCACGCUCGACCCGCUGUACGCCCCCAUCGACCCUUCCACUUCCAAAGUCUCUGUCAUGGGCACCAAAAUCGAGCUAGUCCUGCAGAAAAAGGCACCUGGUCAAAAAUGGAGUGCCCUCGAAGGAUCAGCGUCCAACAUCACCAAACUUGCAGACCGGCCUGCGGCGCCGCCAGCCCCGGCGAGCACGGGGCCGGCAUACCCGACCUCGUCACGACAUGGCGCAAAAGACUGGGACAAGCUCGCAUCAACGCUGACUACCAAGAAAGUGAAGGAGACGAAGGGCAAGGCGGAGACUGACGGCGCUGGGGAUGCUUCUGAUGCGGAAUCUGUAGACUCCGAUCUUGGUGGGGACGCUGUGGACGGAUUUUUCAAGAAACUCUACGCGGGCGCUGAUCCAGAUACGCGCCGAGCCAUGAUGAAGAGCUUUAUCGAGAGCCAGGGCACGUCCCUCAGUACGAAUUGGUCGGAGGUUGGGAGUAAGAAAAUGGAGCCUCACCCUCCCAGUUGA